AUGGUUGAAAAGGAAUCCGACCGUGUGUGGACCGUGCCAAACAUGAUCACUAUGGGUCGGAUAGCCUUCUGCCCUGUCCUGGCCAGCCUCAUCGUCACCUCCCAGCAUGAGCUAGCUCUCGCCGGGUUGCUGGCGGCGAGCUUAACGGACUGGCUGGACGGAUACAUCGCACGGAAGUGGAAGCAAACGUCAGUGCUUGGCGGGUUCUUGGACCCUUUGGCCGACAAAGUGAUGGUCACCACGGUGGCCCUGGCUCUGGGUCAGCAGGGAAUCGUUCCUACUGCCCUUGUGGCACUAAUGGUGGGGCGCGACGCGCUUCUCAUCGCGGGGUCCAUUGCCUACCGCUUCAAGACUCGAAGAGAGGGAGACGCUUUCUUCGACCUCGACUCCCUCGAUUACAAGGUCACUCCCAGCACUCUCAGCAAAGUGAACACCGUUCUGCAGUUCGGCACGCUCUGGCUGGGACUGACCAACUCCGUCUACCUCGUCCCAGGAGACGCCGUGUUUUCCGCCUUGUGCGUCGGCACCGGGGUGGCCACGUUAGCGUCGGGAGUCAACUACCUCCUGGUGUCCGGGCUGAAGCCCAAGGGAAGGCUCGGCAAGCGCCUCAUGAUUCAGAGGGAGAACCUUCAGGAGCGGUACCGCGAGAGGGAGGUGCUGGUCAGGGAGAGGAUGGGGGUCGGGCGGGAGCGCAUGCGGGUCAGGAAGGCUGAAGGCGAGGCGGCACAAAGUCGCUGGUGCUUUGAAGGACCGGAUGAGUAGAGGAAGGCGGCAGAGAGCCGUCGACGGUGGGGCCCGUGUGAAGGGUCGGCCGGCGAACAGGGGCGGGUGAACACCAUCUUACCUUCAGGUAUCGAGCCUAUUAUAUAUGCGAGCGACCGGUAUGGCAGCGAGAGUGGCAAACGGUAUACGGCAUGCGUGACAGCGCUGGAAGACGAUCGUGCGAUCCAGAAAGAUGCCUGAGCUCCUGGGGGAGGCGUGUUGGGGAGGGGGGCGGGGGGGGCGUAUUAUUAUGUUUUGCAUCCGUUGACCACGCGUCCUCGAGGGGAGGGUGGAGGGGGAGACUCAUGCAUCCUUGCUAUUUAUCCUUAGACUCAUGAACGAUAAAUGCAUAGCUCGGUUGAGACUAUUAUACUAGGUGGCGUUUCGUGGUAUGUUACCAUUUUAGACCUUUUGUACCAUGUACAUAGACGAGACGGAACACGCCGCGCCCAAGAACACGCCCCCUGUGUGCCCCCACGCCUAGAGUGAAUAUGCUGUUAUUUUGUGUUGUGCUCUGAGGCUUUUUGGUGGUAAACUCGGUACGAUUAUUCACCUUUUUCUAAGAUAAACACCGGGUACUUGCGUCAUCACCCGGUUGACCUUUGCUGUUUACUUGGCGGGCUGAGGGCGUUCCCUGCGGUCUGCCCAAAUCUCUCAAAUCUCCGGAUGAACGUUGCCGAUCGCCCUCCGUGCGGUGUGCCAGUCACGCAUGGGCGAAGUCUUGACAUCGGCGUACCCGUAAAAGGGGGGUCGGGAGUGGUUCCAGCCUAUCCACAGCCUAUCCACAAUCCGGCAACCCUUGUGGAUGUUGUGUUUUCAGCGGUUGCUGUACCAGUACUAUCUUGUUUGCCGUUCUCGGAACCAAGCUUGAUUGGGAUGAUACACAAUUACCGGAAAUGCUUCCGCUCUGUUUUGACGUGUCGAAAAACUGUCAAGAACCACCGUUUUUUAUUUUUUACUUUGCUUUUAUGUUGGCGAGCAGCGUGAUAGCCUUGACGGCGAUCAGACUGGG